AUGUCGCGCACCGGUGGCUGUUCGUGGGCGGGGCCGCUGGACGUCUGGGACAUGUCCUGGCAGGACUGCACGCAGUGCCAGGUCGAGGACUCCGCAUUGAUGCAGCUCUUGAGCAACUCUACCGAGACAUCCAACGAGACGGCAAAGAUUUUGCUUUGUGAGGAUGCAGAGCCACAGUCCCCACGAGAUGUCACUCCUGGCUUUCGGGGUGGCCUGGAGGCCCGGGUACGUCCCUUGGACGGCGACGCCACCCCACGUUUCAUCCAGGCGAACCUCCACUUCCACCUCGGCGCCGAGCACAAGAGUGAGGUCCCGAACGGUUACUUCCGCAGCGCCGAGGACGUUGGGCUCGCAACUCCUCUGGUGCGCCCGGAGUCGUCGCCGGACAUCCGUGAAGGCUUCUUCUGCGGCCUGGAUGAUGUCAGCAGCGACGAUCGGGACUUCUACAACUUCACAUUUUGUAAGGGUGUCAGUGUGAACUACACCUACGAGUUCCACUGGGUGUACUCCACGGGUGCGCCGCUCGUCGGUCUCCGUGACGAAGGGGCCGAAGGUGAGCUGGGAAUCACGGACGGUCUGGCAGGUGCCGCGAACCGCACGAUCAACCCAAAGGUGAUCGUCCGGGGUCAAGUCUGCCGGAUCAUCUACGACAAGAGCUUGACGGACGUAGACGCAGACUAUGAUAACUUCCUUCAACAGUGGCGCCAGCCACCCUUGGGGAGGGCCGUGCGCUACAUCGGCUCCACGACGGGCACGGACUUCAACAACUCGGUCUGCUCGCCUCUGGAGGUGAACUGGCAUGUAGACACGGGGUGCUGCACACUCUCUGCGCAGACCUUCGACAGGUGGCCUGUCCCUGUUUUGGCCGGUGGGCGGUUUCCCAGAGGUUCCAGUAGAUCGUAG